AACGCACGUCCGCGCAGAGAAGGUUGCGGGGUUGUCUCGUGAAGCAGCAGCGGGGAUGAUGGAGCGGAUCAGGUCGGGAUUCAACAACAUGAUUAAAAGCGAGCGGUACAGCAGAUUCACUCUGCAGCCGACGGAGGACGGCGAGCGACACGCCGAGGUCAAACUGUCCGACGACGCCACGGAGGCCGAGGCCGGGGGCUCGCCGACCUUCAGGCCGGCGCCGGCGCGCUACAGCCGGCGUACCGUCCUUUAUAUGGUGCUCGGGGUCCUGCUCAUCUUCCUUGCUGGCUACCUGGUUGGGCUAAUCAGCCACCGCAACCUCGGGUGGAGUCUGUGAACUGCACGGCAGGGCAGGCGACCAAAAACACCCGACCGAGGCGACCUUGGCGACGUCGGCACCGGUUCAGCAAGCGCGCCGUCGCACCCGAGCCGCCGAUGGACUGGAGCACCGUCACCCAGCUCCUCACCGACCAGCUGAGCAGCACCGCCUUCGACCAGUACGCUCAAGAUGUUCGAUGUGCCCAGCCGUGCAGCGGGAAGCGCGGAGGAUAUGCACCUGGCGGACCACAUCUUCAAGGCCUUCAGCGACCUUCACAUGGACCCGUGGACGGACAUCCACUACGUGCAGCUGCCUGCGAGAGACGGCCAACGCCCCAACCUGGUUCAGUUUGGUUCGGAGGUCUUUAAGCCGGCGGGGUAUCUGGCCUACAGCGCUGCUGGCAGGGCUCAGGGCAAGCUGGUUUACGGUAACUACGGCCGUAAAGAGGACCUGCAGGCCGUGCAGAGCAGGAACGUCGCGCUCAGAGACUCGGUGGUGCUGCUCCGUGCCGGGAAGAUCAGCUUCGCAGAGCAGGUGAACAACGCUGCGUCGAUGGGCGCCGUCGCUGUCCUAAUCUACCCCGACAGUCAGGAUUUCGCCUACCGCCAGGACACGCCGCUCUACGGACACGUCCAUCUGGGCUCAGGUGACCCCUACACUCCUGGAUUCCCCUCCUUCAACCACACCCAGUUCCCGCCAACCAAGUCAGCCGGCCUUCCCCAGAUCCCAGCGCAGACGAUCACCGCCAACACGGCCUCCGCUCUCCUCUCGAAGAUGGGCGGCCCUGGAAGCGACGCCAGCUUUAAAGGCGCCCUGUCCUCCGUGCCGUACACCCUGGGAGGCGUGGAGAACGCCACGGUGGAGGUGAACAACGUGCUGGUCAACAAGGAGAUCCACAACGUGUUCGGAGUGGUCAAAGGCUUCACCGACCCCGACCAGUACGUGGUCCUGGGAGCGCAGAGGGACGCCUGGGGUCCGGGCUCCGCCAAGGCCUCCGUCGUCUCCUCGGUCCUGAGGCUCGCCAAGGCCUUCCACGACAUGGUGGCCAAAGAGGGCUUCAGGCCCAGGAGGAGUGUGGUGUUCGCCAGCUUCAGUGCAGGAGAGUUUGGAAGUGUUGGCGCCACCGAGUGGUUGGAGGCCCAUAUGACGUCUAUUGGCAAAAAUGUGUUUACCUACAUAAGUUUGGAUGCGCUUGUCAUGGGCCGUGGGAGCUUCAUCGCCUCGGCGAGUCCUUUGCUGUACAGCCUCUUGGAGAGCGCAAUGAAGGAGGUGAAGAGUCCUCUCGGUUCUGGCUCGGUGUACGACAUGGUGGGAAAGAACUGGGAGGCUGCUGUACUGAGGCCGAUGACGUUGGACGACCCUGCUUAUCCCUUCCGCUUUUCUGGAAUUCCCUCCAUCUCCUUCCACUUUAUCUCCAAAGACUCGGAGUACUACUCGUACUUUGGCACCAAGCUGGACAGCAUGGAUCACCUCGCAUAUGAAACCAGCCAUAGAAUCGGCGAGAUGACGGCGGCGGCGGCGCAGCUCGCCGGCCGCAUGGCUCUGCGCCUCGUCCACGACCACCUGCUCAUGUUCGACGUGCGACGCUACGGCGGCCUCCUCACCAAGUCCGUGUCUCGAGUCUACAUCCGGGUCAACCAGCUCACCCAGAGCGGCCGUCUGAGCGGCGUCAGUCCUCAGUGGCUCAACCGGGCGCGAGGCUCCUUCAACCGAGCUGCUGACAGCAUUCAAAACGACAUCGUCAACUCCGACCUGACGGACAGGGAGGCCUGUCGACUCAUCAACGACCGGCUCAUGAUGAUUGAGGAGGCGCUCCUCUCGCCGUACGUGUCCCCCGCCCAGACUCCGUUCCGCCACCUGCUGUUCGCGGGCCCUCACACCCUGGAGUCCGUCGCCGCCACCGAAGACAUGGCGGAGCUCCACACCCAGCUGGCCCUGGCCACCUGGAACCUGCAGGGCUGCGCCAACGCCAUGGUGGGCAACAUCUGGGACCUCGACAACCAGAUCUGAAGCGGGAGUGUGUGUGUGUGUGUUUGUGCGUGUGCGUGCGUGCGUGUGUGUUUGACUGUGUUUUAAAAAAAAAAAAGUAAAUUUCGUGGAGCUCCAGUAUCGGCGCUGAAACCCCCUGUCAGAGGUCAGAGGUCAGGCUCACGUCAGCUGAGUGCCAGAUCAGUCCAGGAGGAGACGGCGGCGACUUGGCUCCAAAUACUUGAAGAAACUAAACGCUACUGACAAAUCCGCCUCCUCUCCUCCGGCGCCGCCGCCACACAUCCAGCCAGUCCAAGCAGUUGCCGUGACCUCUUGCCAUUGAAUCACUGAGAAACCUUAUUUAUGUUUGUUUUAUUUUAUUUUUUUCUUUUGUCAGUGGCAGUGCCCACUACAAAGCUGUUUUUUAUACAUUAUCGGAAGCAGUGCCUUCCAUAAUUAUGACGGUUAUACCGUCGAAACUUAGGGCAGCAUCUGCUACACAAAUGACUCCUCAACUGUUGCUGAUAAAAUGGAGCUUCUGAAGUUGCGUUUUUUAAAUCUUUCUGGCCUUUGGUUCCUCCUCCGGCGGGGAGAUUGGCUUCAUUGUGACCUGCAUUGCUCUGCACAAUUCAAACUGCCAAAGGGCGACGGGCAGUUUUGAUUCGUGAUCAGUAGAGUAAAAUACAAACUGUUUCGAUACUGUAGUUGAGCCAGGAGACUGUGGUUCAGUUUCCUCACAAAUGCAAAAAUAAAUUGAGAUAUUCCAAAGAUGGAGAAUGCUAAAAGAGAUCCUCCACGAUUUGGAAAAAAAGAGUCGACUGAUCAUUGACAGGAAAGCCGUUUCUGUUGCACAGUCUGCUUUGGAGCAGUUAAUAUAUUAUUAUUGUUAUCGGGAGCAGUGCCUUCCAUAAUUCAAACCCCAUUAUCGGGAGCAGUGCCUUCCAUAAUGAAGAUGUGACGGUAGUUUUUGCCUACCAUGUUGGUUUUUUUCUAUGUGUAUUUAUCGAGGGCAGUGUCUCUCAUAUUUCGCUUCAGAGUGGAACAACUUAUCGGGGACAGUGUUUCCCAGAGUUUUAUACUUGAACAUAUGUAUUUGUUUUGUUUGUUUUUUUUUUUUUUUUUUUUUUUGGCGUAGAGUGUGUGUGUUGUUAAAACCUGCAGUGUGUGUCGGUAUCUGUUCAUGAGGCUCCAGGCAGCUUGUUCCACCGACCCGCCUCCCUGGAAGCAGGAACUCCGGUCUGAAUGCGGCUUGUUUGCUUUGCCUCCAUAACAAAGCACACAAGCUCCCUGAGGGAUUUCUGGAGUAUAUUUGAUGUUUGUAAUGGGCAAAAACAACAACAACAACAAAAAAAAACUUGUCUGCCUGUGUACCUUUGAGCACACAUGAAUUGACUGUCUGCACGAUUCCUCCUUCCAGCAUGUCACUGAGGCGUAGCUUUGAAUCACAUCCUUUUGUUUCUCUUGCUCAUGAACUUUAUCAUUUCUUCCGCUUUUCUUUCCCAGAAUUAUAUUAUCUUCUCUUUGAAACUAAAAUUUAAGGGAAAUAGCAUAAAAUCAAUAACUGUGCAGUUUUAUGUAGAAAUAAAAGGAAAAAAAAUCAUGAACUUGAAUGUUGAGGGUGAUCAUUUUGAAAUUGGCUGUCUUUUAAUUUUUGUUUCCUGACUUUCCUCCACAUUUCUCUGAAUCCUGAGCUACAAGACACUCCCUGCUUCCUUUAGGAAAUCAUUUCCGCUCAUUGUUACGUUCAGAAUACGUUCUGUGAUUAAGAGCUGUGGCGAUCUUUGAUUUCUGUGUGUAAUAAACCCCUUGGCUUAGCACCUGA